AUGGCUCUUCAGCUCCUCUGCCAAUUUGUGUUAAUUACCACUAUCUGUGCACUAUGGCAUCGAUCAAAUACCAACAAUGGGCUCGUUACUGUGGGAGACAAUCGUGACCCUUCAUUUGACUCCAGGGGCUUUCAUCCACCCCCGAUCCUCAACUCUUCUAUUGUCUGGGCCACUGUUCCGGCGUGGAUCAUGUCUGCCUAUUCCUCGCUGUGGUCUGCAAUGCUUGAUUCUCUCAAAAAGGUCUAUCUUCUUUUAGAGCUUGAGAAAGAAAACCAAAAGCACAUACCAUUUGUUGAAAUAUUGGUACGGCUUUUGAGACGAGUCUCUCAUCACCAAUCCACUCAAUCUCAGUCUCCCCCACAAACAAAGCACUCUACAAUUGGAAAAACUUUAUUGUUGGACUAUGGGGAGUGGCCUGUCAUAAACGGUAUUCGAGCGGCUUUGGUAGGCCAUGUACUUUUGGGCUUCUGUCUACUAUUACGAGCAGGGCUGUGGACUGCAGGUGGUCUCACCGCGGCAAUCUUCGCCACGGCUUUGGUGCCUUCAGAAACGCCUGCCACUCUCUACAGUACACAAUACUUUGACGAAUAUCUUGGCUGGAACGAGGGCAGAGGAGCUAGCAACUCUUCUAUUACACCCGCUUUCGACAUCGUGAGUGCAAGGGUUUUAAGAAGCGGAGAUGACUACCCUUGGACCACAGAGACACACUCUUUCUUGCCAUUUGUCCCAGUUAAUAAGAACGCCCCUGGAAACUACACUUUCAAAAGUGAGGCAUAUUCCUCUACAGUUAACUGUACUAUUGCUACUGAACAUGACCUGGUCAAAAUAGGAGGGAUCAGGCUAGAUCUCGAGGAGGGUGACGAAUUAGACUCUGCUCAGCUUCGAUUUGGCUUUCAGUCUGGCGGCUGUAACGUCAAUAAGUGGUUCACUAUAACUAAUAACACCCUGCAGUAUGCGAGAACUUGGUCUGCCGACUGUGGUUUGAGUAGCGGUCGAGCAAGAUUUGGAAUGUUUUCGGGUAACUUUAACGCUACCGAAAGGUUCCGUCUCUCUAACUUAACUGUUAUAACUUGUCAGCCUCUGGUAUAUAAGUCCAAUGUAACAUUGGAAAUGUCAUUUCCCAACGACACCGCCACUCCAAAAGUUAUCAGGUUUUCCGAAACAAGCAAGCAACAGAUCUGGCCUUUUUUCUUUUCCAACUGGCUGCGAAUUAUCCCUCGAUACUCUGUUUUCGAUCCAACGGUGUACAAUGACAUGGACACCUUCUCUCGCCUCGUUAUAGGACUGGCCUCCAAAGAACCGACGCUUGACACUUUACCCGAGAUACAACAGAUCGCCAACUCCUUUGGAAUUGUCUUCGCCGCUCUUUUCUCAAACUUCGUGACGCUAGAAGGCUAUUCUAACGCACCAAAACGAGAAAUCGUCAGCACCCUGUCAAGGCUAAGGCUUCGGCUAUUUGUCGUUAAGUCGGCUGCGUUAGCUACAGUUGUUAUCCUUGCCACCACAUUUGUCACUACUGUUAUCCUGGCAAUUUCUUUACACCGCAACCGACAUAUCAUUAGCCAUUAUAUGGACCUCCUGCUAGGUACGGCAGUGCUGUUACGGAAUGGAAACUCUUCCGGCCUUGAGAGCUUCUUGGACGACCUUGUAAACUCAGGUAAUGCGCUUAGCCCUGGGUUGAAUGGGGUUGAUAUUGUGAAACUUGCCAAAAGGCGGCCGGAUUUAAAAGACUAUAUAGUAUGGGCAGAGGGAACACCAAGAACCUUGCAUGUAAAGCGGCCAUAA